CGUCAGUUUGACACUUCUACAAAAUCCCUUUUCCGCCACACAUCUCACGAUGGCUCGAGGCCCUAAAAAACAUUUGAAGCGUUUAAAUGCGCCAAAAGCAUGGAUGUUGGAUAAAUUGGGGGGUGUUUUCGCCCCUCGCCCAUCAACUGGGCCCCACAAACUGCGUGAAUCACUCCCAUUGGUGAUUUUCUUAAGAAAUCGUCUAAAGUAUGCUUUAACCAAUAGUGAAGUUACGAAAAUUGUUAUGCAAAGAUUGAUUAAGGUUGAUGGUAAAGUUAGGACUGAUCCUAAUUAUCCAGCUGGGUUCAUGGAUGUUAUUACCAUUGCGAAAACUGGAGAAUUCUUCCGUUUAAUUUAUGAUGUAAAAGGAAGGUUUACAAUCCAUAGAAUCACCGCUGAAGAAGCAAAAUACAAACUCUGCAAAGUAAGGAAAGUACAGACUGGACCAAAAGGUAUCCCAUUCUUGGUAACACAUGAUGGUCGUACAAUUCGUUAUCCUGACCCUGUUAUUAAAGUAAAUGAUACCAUCCAAUUGGAAAUUGCAACAUCUAAGAUUCUUGAUUUUAUUAAAUUUGAUUCUGGAAAUUUAUGUAUGAUUACGGGAGGUCGUAACUUGGGACGUGUUGGUACAGUGGUUAAUAGGGAGCGUCAUCCUGGUUCAUUCGAUAUUGUCCACGUGAAGGAUGCUAAUGGACAUACUUUUGCCACUAGGUUAAAUAAUAUAUUUAUAAUUGGUAAAGGAUCAAAGGCAUUUGUAUCUCUUCCACGUGGUAAAGGUGUCAAGUUGAGCAUAGCUGAAGAAAGGGAUAAAAGGCUUGCUGCUAAGACACAUUAAAAGUUGUUAACAUUAAGAUGAUUUUCAAUAUAUAAUUGAAAAAGA